AUGAGUCCGGUAGAAGCUCCGCAGUUCUAUGAAAACACACUGGAGCCGAUUGACAUAAACCAAACGAAUUUACUCAAUGCAUUGAGGGAACUACGUUCUGCUACCCGCCGCGGGGCUGAACUGGUUGAAAACGGCCGUCCUGCAGAACCCGACGGAAAGGGUGGGCUUUUCAUGGGCGUCUCGGGGAUCGCUCUCGCUUUUCUCCGGCUUGAUCAUCAAGUGUUCUCACUAACAGAGGAAGGGGAGACCAGCUCUCCGGAUUAUCGAAAGUUGGCCACCGAGAGAAUCCCACGCCAUGGUCCCAAGAUUCCUCUUGCGCCAGGGAGAUUGUCUCCGCUGAGUUCAGCGCUAGCUGCGACUGUUAUGCGUAUUCAAGCAGCAACCAAACUAGGCCAUGCCGUUUCUGGUACUGAUGUCGACAAUCUGCGCGACGCGGUCACAAUCGCACUUAAACAUGGUCAUAUUGUCCCCCACGCUAAUCAGAACAUGGGAGGAGACGAAGUCCUCUAUGGGCGGGCUGGGUUGCUAUGGUCUAUUCUGAACAUGCGAGUUCUGAAUCUGGAUGAAAAGAGCGCAGAAGCUUUGAAGCCCAUUUUCGAAUCUGUUCCGCAACUGAUUGAAGUCAUCGUUGAGGCUGGACGCCAGGGCCAUAGGGACUAUGUCCAGGCUUACGGAAAUACUGACGCGCUGCCACUGAUGUGGACAUACAAGGAAGGUCGUUAUGGGUUAGGAGCGGUCCAUGGCAUGACUGGUAUCCUUGCUGUACUCCUGGCGUGCAAAACAGAAGAGCUCAAUAACGGCGUCUCACACGACUACUUCCCUUGGAUAGCAGAUACCGUCCUCGGCCUUUGUAGAUUAUGCAUUGCCAACAACGGCCACCUUCCAACUACUAUACCGCUUCAUCGGUCGUCCACUCGACGGGCAUCACCAUUGGUGCAAAUCUGUCAUGGCAGCCCCGCUAUAUUACUUCUCUUAGGCUGUGCCAGGAGGAACCGCUACCUCGCUUCAAAUUUCUGGCAACCCGAGUGGGACGAGGCUAUCUUUCUAGCGAGCGAGAGGGUCUGGGAGGAAGGGCUGCUUUCGAAAGGCGGGAGUCUCUGCCAUGGCAUUACGGGCAAUGCGUGGCCGUUGCUACUUUUGCACGACAGCUGCGAGUAUGACGUGGAAUUGCUGGAGAUCGCGAGGCGGAAUUACGGGGAACGGGCAAAGACAACUACUGUCGAACAACUACAGCCAGCGCUCACAGGAGACUACUUCCUGUCCAGGGCUCUUGCGCUGCUGCUCCAUGCGCGGGAAACACCCCCUUACAAUGCCUCUCCGGAAUCAUCGACAUAUGUCUACCGUAUGCCGGAUCGGCCCUAUUCUCUGAGCGAGGGCCUGGCUGGGACGGUUUGCGCAUGGGCUGAUGCUUGUGUGGCCAUUCAAGCACGACUCCGAAAGAUGGAUCUCGAGAAAGGCAAUGCUGCAUCGGUUGCCGCCGCCCUGAAGGGUGACGCACUCUUUCAGGAGUUGGAGAAUCGGAAGUUGGGGUUCCCAACCGUGGCCUACCACAGACCUGCAGGUUUACUAUAG